AACAGGAGGGACAAGAGCUUUCGAAAAGCUUGUUUGUGACGAAUGCAGCCAUGAACGUGAUACCUCUCUUUCACCGUACCCUUCAGUCGUCGUCUAGUCGUGCAAGAGGACGCGGUUCGAUGGAGUGCGACGUGUGCAUGCAGCACUUCGACUCGGCAGAGCGCCGCCCCAAGGUGCUCCUCUGCGGCCACACGUACUGCUUGUCGUGCCUGAGGCAGCUGGCCACCAAGAAGUGCCCCGUCGACGAGAAGGCUUUCCAGCUUGACGCGUUGGCCGACAACUUCAAGCUGCUCAGUGCGACCCACAGGCCGACCCGAUUCUGGUGUGUGUCCUGCGAGAAGGAGGCGACCGAGCACUGCGUGAGCGAGCACGACAUCCGCAGCCUCAAGAAGCAGCGCACCGCGGCGGCAGAGCACCACCUGGAGGCGCUCCGGCAGGGCGAGGAGGCCCUGGCCGCGCUGGGCGGCAUGCUGGACGAGGCGACCGUCAUCAGGCAGAUGGAGGACUGCAGCGACACGCUGCAGCGCGAGUAA